AGAAUGGACCCGACAGGAGGAAAACCCGUUAGUUUGGAGUGAAUAACUUGAACCCGUCCAUGUCUGCUCUACAAUCACAAACCUUUCAAAGUCGGUGACAGAGAUGUCGAGAGAAAACACCACCAGAAGUUUGGACAGUAUCGACCUCGCUGCUUUAAGAGAUCCUGCAGGUAUCUUUGAGUUGGUGGAGGUGGUCGGCAAUGGGACCUACGGGCAGGUGUACAAGGGUCGUCAUGUCAAGACCGGCCAACUGGCAGCUAUCAAAGUCAUGGAAGUCACAGAGGAGGAAGAAGAGGAGAUCAAACUGGAGAUCAACAUGUUGAAGAGCUAUUCCCACCACAGGAACAUCGCUACCUAUUACGGAGCUUUUAUCAAGAAAGGUCCUGCUGGACAGGACCACCAACUCUGGUUGGUGAUGGAGUACUGUGGAGCCGGCUCUGUGACAGACCUGGUCAAAAAGACGAAGGGGAACUGUCUGAAGGAGGACUGGAUUGCUUACAUCUGCCGAGAGGUGCUCAGGGGUCUUUCCCAUCUUCACUCCCAUCAUGUGAUUCAUCGAGACAUUAAGGGACAAAAUGUUUUACUCACAGAGAACGCCGAAGUCAAGCUGGUUGACUUUGGAGUGUCGGCUCAGCUGGAUAAGACGAUAGGUAGAAGAAACACCUUCAUCGGGACUCCCUACUGGAUGGCUCCGGAGGUCAUCGCCUGUGACGAGAACCCUGAGGCCACAUAUGACUACAGGAGUGACCUCUGGUCUUUGGGCAUCACGGCUCUGGAGAUGGCUGAAGGAGCACCUCCUCUGUGUGACAUGCAUCCAAUGAGAGCUCUGUUCUUGAUUCCACGAAACCCUCCUCCCAAACUGAAAUCAAAGAAAUGGUCGAAGCGCUUCUUGUCCUUCGUCGAUGGUUGUCUGGUAAAGAACCAUUUAGACCGACCCACCACGGACACUCUGCUGAGACACGCUUUCAUCAGAGAUCUGGCAAAUGAACGGCAGGUUCGCAUCAUGCUCAAAGAUCACCUCGACAGAACUCGGAAGAAGAGGGAGAAAGAGGGUCCAGAGUUCGAGUAUAGUGAUGGGGAAGAAGACGAGGAUGAAGUAGCGGAUGAGGAAGGAGAGCCCAGCUCCAUAGUGAAUGUUCCUGGUGAGUGGACGUUGAGACGGGAAUUUCUCCGUUUACAGACAGAGGACCACGAAGGAGGCAGAGAGGGAGGCCACGGAGGAGGCGGAGCCAGACAGAGACAACAGGCUUUGCAGCAGCAGAGGCAGCAGCUGGCAGAGCAGGAGCGAUACAAGCAGCAGCUCCUGGCUGACAGACAGAAGAGGAUCCAGCAGCAGCAUGAGCAGCGGCAAAAGUUAGAGGACCAGCAGAGGCGUCAGCUGACAGACUGCGCCUUUCAGUGGGCGGAGCUUCAGGAGAUCCUGCUGGGGGAGGAGUCGGACCUCCGUGAUAACAGAGUCUUCUUGGAGGAGAGGAACUGCAGGAGUGACAGGAGACAGGACCACACGGGCAGACAGAGCAGUGCUGAUGUGUCGGUAAGGCCUCAGGACUCGUCUUCCGAGCAGAGAGCCGUGGUUUCAAGCCAGCUGCUUCAGCACAAGGCCCAGCUCUCCCAUCCUAAGCGUCCGCCGCAAGCAAAGCCCCCGCCUCUCGCUCAGCACCAGCAGCCCUCAGCAGGCAGAAGAUCCCACCGCACCCUGCCCAAGGACCAAACGCAGCUCCUUUCACUGCAGCACGACCACAGACACAGGGAUAGAGAGAGGGAGAGAGAGAGGCAGAGGCAGAGAGAAAAGCCUGUGGCAGCUUUCCAGAAGCUAGCAGCUAAUAGUGGGAACACAGCUGCUGCUGUUUCUGCUGCUUCCUCACCCAGCCGCCCCGCACACAGCCAGCGUUCAGCGAUGGACUUCCACGAAUCAAACCUAGCUCGGCUCCUCCUGGCUGCUGGUCUGCCCAACCAGAUGCACUCCAGCAGGAUGGGCUCUGGGAGCAGCUCUAGUCCCUGUACCCCCGCCAUGCAGAGAGCCCACCCAAGCCAGAAUGCCAAUCUGCGUACGAGCCGUGAUGCCCCUCACAGCAGCUCCAUGUCCAAUAUGGUCCUGUCCCCAUUAUCCCCAUUCAGCCCCCUUUCCCCGACCGAUGACGUCUUCUGGGGCCCCGUGGAGACUCCGCCUAAGGUCCCAGAGCGCACCACCUCCAAGUUCUACUGUCGAGAGCUGGUGAUGGGUCACAAGAGGACAGCUUCAAGUGGCAAUCCAAUGUCUCUUGCAAAUGGAAGGCCUCAUGACGUCUCCUCUACAAGCAGCAACCACCCAGGUUACUUCAGGUUGGAGAGUCCUUCUCUGCUCCCACGUCUGCAGCAUCACAGGAGGAACCAAGAUAACAUGAACAGUGCAGAGUCACAGGGUGGAAGAUCUGCUCUCGUUCGACUCAACAAGGCCACAGAGUACUCGUCUUCUAGUGACGAGGUCGGCAGCAGUGACGAGGAAGACAACAAAAGGUCUGUCCUGUCCAACGGAAAGGGAAAGUACAUCGGUGGAAUACCUGACGGCAUCGUCCUACAACCUCACCACAACCUGAACCAGAUUUCUCGGGUCGGUUCAGAUGAUACCUACCUGCUCCCAGACCUUCUGCAGAAAACCCACUCCCCCAGUCCUACCCACAAUUCACUGGCCCAGCAGCAAGCACGAGAACUCAACUACUCGCUGUCGCCUACAGCUCCUCGAUCCAACACACACCAGGAACUUUAUGCUGUCAGCAGUCCCACUGGUAAGAACGCCUCCUCCUCGUCCUCUUCCUCCUUCCUGUCCUUCAUCGACCCGAGACUGAUCCCCAUAUCUUCGCCACCACUAAGCCCCAGCAGUAAAGACGAGCCAAUCAAACGAGAGAACCACAGGAAGGGCUCCGUGGUGAACGUGAACCCCACCAACAUCCGACCACAGAGCGACACUCCUGAGAUCCGCAAGUACAAGAAGAAGUUCCACACAGAGGUCCUCUGUGCCGGACUCUGGGGUGUGAAUCUGUUGGUUGGGACGGAGAACGGUUUGUGGCUUCUUGAUCGAAGUGGUCAGGGGAAAGUCUACUCGCUCAUCAGCCGACGCCGGUUCCAACAGAUGGAUGUGUUGGAGGGACUCAAUGUUCUGAUCACCAUCUCAGGUAAGAAGAACAAGCUGCGUCUGUACUACCUGUCCUGGCUGAGGAAUAAAAUCUUACACAACGACCCCGAGGUGGAGAAGAGACAGGGCUGGACCUCAGUAGGUGACCUUGAGGGUUGUGUGCACUACAAAGUGGUGCGUUAUGAGAAGAUCAAGUUCUUGGUGAUCGCUCUGAAGAAUGCUGUCGAAGUGUACGCCUGGGCACCGAAACCCUACCACAAAUUCAUGGCAUUCAAGUCUUUCAGGUCCCUGCCUCAAAAACCCCUCUCAGUUGACCUGACGGUUGAGGAAGGACAGAGGUUAAAGGUCAUCUACGGCUCCUUGUCUGGUUUCCACGCCAUCGAUGUUGACUCUGGCACACCGUAUGACCUCUACCUGCCCACACAUAUCCAGGGCUCCAUUCAUCCCCACGCCAUCAUCAUUCUGCCAAACAGCGCAGGAACAGAGGUUUUGGUUUGCUAUGAAGACGAGGGGGUCUACAUCGACACGUACGGACGCAUCACCAAGGACACGGUGCUGCAGUGGGGCGAGAUGCCUGCUUCAGUUGCCUACCUGCAGUCUAACCAGGUGAUGGGUUGGGGAGAGAAAGCCAUAGAGCUGAGGUCAGCGAACACGGGGAACCUGGAGGGAGUGUUCAUGCACAAGAAGGCCCAGAAACUCAAGUUCCUGUGUGAAAGGAACGACAAGGUCUUCUUUGCCUCGGUGCAGUCAGGAGGCAGCAGUCAGAUCUACUUCAUGACCCUGGGACAGAACUCUCUGUUCAACUGGUAACUGGACCUGGUAGUCUGGGAUCAGCUGCUCAUGUCUGCCUGUGACAGAGUUUACCUGAUGAAGCCUUUUAUAGUUGUGCUGACUGAUGUUCCUGCAGCUGAUGGACUGAAUAAUGCAGCCCUGUGUUAUUUAUCAUUUCAUGUCCGUGCAUACGGAUCAGUGCUUUGCUUGGACUCCAGCCAUACAUCGCAAAAAUACUUGAAUCCAUCACUGCUUCCUUAGAUUCUUGAGCCUUAAUCAACCCUCCUGCAGCAAGACCUGAUGAAGACCUGACCAAGCUUCAGUUCAGUGCCAGCUCACCCUUCCACGGAGAAGUUAAAGGUACAUCUCGUAGUGUGAGCCUAUGUGCUGAUCACGUGUGAUGCUGGAUUUCCUCAUGUGGGAACAACACGGCUUCCUGCCAGGAGGAGCAAACCAUCACUGCUGCACUGUGGAAAAAAUCUGGACCGUGCUUUGUGUGGUGUUUAUGCAGAUCGUGUGGGAUUUCCAGCAAACAUCAGAUCACAGGUCAACAUCUGCACUCAUUCCUCCUCCAGUGUGUCAGUAAUGGAGACCGCGUGCUCCUCUUCUCUCCUGGAUAACUCAAAUCUGCUUUUUCUCCAUACCAAAUAACUGUGGCUCAGCUUAUCAUGCCCAUUUAAUGAAUCACUCAUAUUCAUACUUUAACAUUGCCCGUCUGUGUGUGCUGGAUCAACUGCUGCCUUUUCCUCUGCUAAAGUAAUGAAUGUUCCUCCUCGCACAGACUAGAGCAGGAAUUAUUCCCCGCUGACGUCACGUGGACAGGUGUGACGUUGGACCGAUGCGCAGCCGCGGUCAGUUACUGUAAACAUUCCUGUUUUUUGCUCCUGUCUGUUAUUCUUGAAUCAGUUCUUUGAUACCUCAGAAGUGUUAUUUAUGAAGGAUCCUGACAAAGUGGGCAACGUCUCAUUCUAUUAUAUUGUUUCCAUAUGGUAUUACCAGACAGCACAUUAUCAGAAGUGAGUAUUGAACUAAGAGUUUCCUCAUGUUAGUAAUUAUAGAGAUUAUUAAAGCCUCUGGGAACCUGAAUGGAAUAUUUAAAAUUCAAAUAGAAUAUCAACAUUUAUUGGGUAAUUAAGCAUCAACAAAAAUCUGAGUGAAAUUAAACAUCCACAACUCUGAAAAAACUCUGUUCAAAAAUAUCUUAUUUUACAGGUCAGAGCAUUUCUCAGGACUGUGUGGGCGUGGCCUGACUCUUUGAUUGACAGGUCAAGAGAGUUCACAGCCUGCAUGUUUGAGCCGUCUGACUCUGAAUCUAAAGACAUCAAAACUCCAGAAUCUGAGUAUUAUUCAUUUACAAUGGUCUCUGAGUGCUGAGUCACAAAAGACUUCAGAAUCAGGACUUCUAUCAUUUAUUAGUUUUAUCACUCCGUACUCUCCGGGGCAACAGGACCAUGGGACGCCCGGAGCAGAGGAGGCUGAAGUGUAGUAUGUGGACGCAGAGGAGCUCGGCUCCGGGUGUCAGACGGACCUGUUUGUCUAAACUCUGAGCUGUUUGGGGAAAGUGAGUGAACUGGUCCUGGGGAGAGUUAGUGAACUGGUCUUGGGGAAAGUUAGUGAAGUAGUCCUGGGGACAGUUAGUGGAACAGUCCUGGGGACACUUAGUGAACCGGUCCUGUGGAAAGUUAGGGAACUGGUCCUGGUGACAAUUAGUGAACCGGUCCUUAGAAAAGUUAGGGAACCAGUCCUGGUGACAGGUAGUGAACCGGUCCUGAGGAAAGUUAGUGAACUGGUUCUGGGGUAAUGAGUGGAGUAUGUGCAGGACUGCUUGUAGCGGCUCAACUGAAUAGCCGCCCAAAGUUUCCCCAAAUCCACCGCAGUUAGUAAAAUGGUGGAUGUGCAGACAGGGACACACGAGCACAGCGGUGCAAAGAGCAGAGAGACAGAUAUACAGACAGAUUACAGACAGUACGUGAUUAGCAAACAAGCUAACAGCUAAGACAACACUGAGGGGAGCUGGCUGAGACGUCAGGAGACGGUCUGAGCAGGAGCGGAGUAGUUUUGUUGAACAUGUGCACGUGACGAAGUGUUUCAUUUAUGAUUGGUUUGAUAUUUAUGUCGUCAUAAUUAUCCAAGUUAACCCUGCCCACUUUAACCAAGUGUCAGAACUGUAUCAAAAACUUGACUGAUAACAUUUCAAAAAUGCAUUAAAGUUCAGUUCCAAUAUUUUAAAUAUAUAUAUUAUAGUAUUUUAAUUUGACUAUAAAUAUCAUAGGUAGAAUGUUUUUGUUGAUUUAGGUUACCAGAGGCUUUAAGACACUUUUACAACGAUGUGUCUGAAAUCAUCAUCCAUCCGAUCAGCUGCUUCAAAGAGUCUUUAUCUAUAAGUGACAUUUUAACUUCAGAGUAAUACAAAUAUAAAUUCUGCAUAAUGAGUUAAUCAAAGUGAGCUUUGCUCCGUGCUUACAGUGAGACCAGUCGUCUGCAGUUAUUUCUUUGUAAACUCAAGACCGUGGUGUCUUUAUUAACGACCUGAGGAGGUUUGUACUUCAGCAUUAAAGUUUAUAAGAGAAUCCAAACAAACAGACACAGGCUUAAAAAGCGUCAGUGCUUCUGUUUGUACAGCUAAGGGUGUACAUAAUUUUGUAAGAUGGAUUGUUUUCAAACUGUCGAGCCGUUUCCUGCAUGUGUACAGAAUUAAAAAGACUUGACAAAGUGACGUUUGAUCCAAGAAGUCUGAUGUUUCCUUCUUUCCUAACAAUAUUUUAAAAAUCAGUCUCAAAGUGAGGAACCAAAUAGAAAGGCUGUGUUACUUUGAUGAAUCUUUAUCUUUCAUUUGGCUCUUUGAAUCCUAAAGAUAAGAGAAGCAAUGUUUCCCUCAAACGGACUCUGUCACUUCAAAACCAGAUUUGAAGAUGUUAUUAAAUGUAAUGUUGAAAGAUCAGACCGUCACAUCAAACUCAGGGCCCAGAAACUCUUAGACAUCUUACUGAAUCAUAACUCACUGGUGUUCAAAUGUUCAACAGUGUAAAUGAGGGCUUCAGAUGGCAAUACGUUUUAACAUUUAAAGAAAGCAUUCAAAAGUGAGCUUUUAAUGUGUUUUUGAUCAAUAUGACGCUCCUCAAACUACUCCUUCUUCAAAUGAUCAGCUGUAGCUCUGAAUGUUGGGUCGAUCAAAGCGUGUGAUGCAUUUUAUAUAUUCAGAGAUACUUUCAGCUUUAGUUUUUACAGACUUUCUGCAGCUGGUUCUGUGAAAAUGAACAUUGUAUGUAAUAUUAAUUUUCUUAUCUGAGCUUAGCUAUAAUAAAUAUUUGUCACAGUGGUUGUUUUAGUGCGAAAAAGAAAUGAGGUGCCGCCCCCGUGUUCCAGGGUCUGAUGCAGUUUAAAGCUCUCUUGGCUUGGUUUAACUUCUUUUCCCUGGAUGUUAUACAAAGAUAUAUAACAGAAGCAUAUCUGAGAACAGAAGCACUCUGACAGGUGUCUUUAUUUGAUCCUCUUGGAAGGAUUUGGGAAAGAUAAGACCCUUGGAGUGUGGGCUUCAGGGAGCGUAGAGCUCUGGGAUUAUAGAGACACUCUUAGAUAUUAUGUCACCCUGAGACAGACAGGAUGAACAGUAAACAUGAGUACAGUGCAUGCAUACAGCAGGGUUUGCCUCUGUGCACGCAGUUAUUGCAACUGUUGAAAGUUCCAGCUUCAGAUAAGAUCGGCUGGUUAAACUUUAUGGAUCAGUUUUAGUAUUUAAAAUAUUUUGUUUUCCAUUAUUGCAAGUGAGACUCAACACACAUAUUAAAACUUGAAAAUAGAGAUAGAUGUGUUCAGACGAGCUCUGUUUGUGGAUAGUAUGUCUCAGAGUAGUACAUGUCAUGUUUCUGACGCGUGGACAGCCAGAGAAGUAACGGCAGGUUUGUUCCAGGUUCCUGGGAAAGAUCUUCAAACAGUUCAGGAGACGAGACCGUAACUAUUCUGUCUCUCUACAUUCUUUAUGUGGCAUAUUUCAGCUCUACAGUACCUGACUUUAACAUUCACUGUGUGCUGUAACGAUGAUGGUAGCAUGCCUGGAUGGUCUUAUUACAAUCAAUCAAUCUUUAUUUAUAAAGCGCCAAAUCCCAACAAAUGUUCUCCUCAGACUCUUUCCAAACAGAGCAGGUCUAGACUGUACUCUAUGUUCUAUCAUUAACAAAGACCCAACAUCAAGACAGGAUCAGAUCCAGUCCCAUCUUACAGACAGGACUCAGUCCACCAUGAACAGAGCACUUUGCAGCAUUUAGCAAGUUACAGUGGCAAGGACAAACUUCCUUUAACAGGCAGAAACCUCCAGCAGGACCAGACUCAUGUUAGACACACAUCUGCUGAGACCGUGUUGUAAUACAGUGAAAGCUGUUUUUAAGAAAGCAGUCACAGUUUCAUUUUGUGUACCUGACUUUUAGAACAAUAUCACAGUUUUUAAUGCCUUUGAUAUAAUGUUGUUAUACAUUAGCAUCACAAUAAUACAAUAUUAGAUCAAUAUAUUUAUUACAUUUAAUACAGAUGUAUCAGAUUUAUUCUUUAGGUCCUGAAUUGAAUGAUUAAUGAAGCUUCUUUAUAUUUUUAGAUUUGGCUCUCAACAGGUAGAGGUUACUCUUUAUAUCUACAUAGUUCUUCAUAACUGCAGAUUGUCAUCAUGUUGUAUCUGCAUCCUUUGUCAUCCUGAUCUAAAGCACAACAGAUAAAUCCCCUCUGUCUCACGCUGUCCUCCACCGGUGUUAUGAGUUUUUUUGUAUCCCUCUUAAUCCAUUUGUCGUCUAAAGCACUGCAGACAAACAGAACAUGCUGUAGCUUGUUAUAAUCACGUCCUUCUUCUCUGCUUGGUCUUCCUGCAUUGAGCCUUCCACAGUAUCAGUACUGAGAGAGAGAUCUUCCACCUCCACCUUCCCCCAAGUUAAGAUUCUGUGUCAGGCAGCAGUGACUCACAGUUACGACUCUCUUUCUUCUCACUUUGUCAUCAUGUCUCUUCUGCCUUGCUCUCCUGCUGCCUUCUCUGCAAAGCUCUCUCCGUUACUGAAGUCGCUCCUCAUGCUGGACGAGGUCAGGCUGUAGAGACAAACAAGAGUCUGCUGGAGGAUGUUUGAUUAUAACAGAUGAAGCUCAAAGUUUGAAAGAAAAAUGAUAUUGUAUUACUUUUAUUGUUUUGUUUUAAGUGCCAGGAAGGUUGUUCUCCAGCCUGUGUGUGCACAGGAGGUCUGAUGAUGAUGAUGAUGAUGAUGGAUGUGUGUUUGUGUGGGAGGUGAAUUUAGUCAGUGUGGAGAUAAACGAGGAGAGGUAGCUGGUAGCUAACAGAAGGAUGACGGAUGUUGUUUUGAAAUGUAGACCAACAAACUUUCAACAUUUAAAGUAGUUUGUGUUUUAAUUUAUGUCGAGAACAUAUCAAACCUCACUGACUGUAAACUGAACAUGAGAGUCGGAGCAAAGAAGACGAGUGUUUAUGAGAAAGGUAGACUGUGAAUGUGAUCCAGAGUGUAGAGGUAGAGUUGGUUAUGAAAGGAAGGAGGAAGAAGAAGAAGAUAAGAGGAUGUGGAGAAAGUGGACGAUAGUCAUAAAGUUUAAUUCUAUUCCACCCUUCUCACAGAUCUCACUGUAACGCACCAACAGGAUGUUAAAUGUAACAUCAUCCAGCAUUUUGGAGUCACUUCUGUCUGUUGUGAGUUUGGAGCUGAAGACAAACAGGAUGCUUGUGUUUGUAUCCGUUGUAAAUAAACGUGAAUAAGAGGUGAACUUUGUAAAAUACCAAAUAUAAUAUGGAUUUAUAUUUUAGAAGAUAUAUUCCCUCGUCUGUUUCAGGUCUGUAGCAUUUGAAGUCGUUGUUUUUGUUUACCUUUUUGCACUGGACCUUUGUUUGAUGCAUCAUUUAUUGUACCCUGUCUGCUUUGAGAUGAACACAUACUAACUUAUGUUUUCAUUUAAUGAGGUAUACAACAGAGACCACAAUAAAUACAUUCAACAGUC